CAGGUAGCAGUAAGGAAGGAGGUGUCAAAGGAAACACCAACUCUCAAGCAAAAACAAGUUAUGCUUUAGCAGUGCUCCAUGAAAGCAGCUUUUACUGGCAGGGCAGCUUUAGAAGAAGUAGAAGGAGAUGUGACAGAACUGGAACUGAAACUUGACAAGCUGGUGAAGCUUUGUAUUGCAAUGAUUGAUACUGGGAAAGCAUUUUGUACAGCCAAUAAGCAGUUCAUGAAUGGAAUUCGAGACCUUGCACAAUAUUCCUUUAAAGAUGCAUUGGUUGAGAACAGUUUGACAAAGUUCUCUGAUACAUUACAGGAAAUGAUCAAUUAUCACAAUAUUCUCUUUGACCAAAUCCAAAGAUCAAUUAAAACACAGCUUCAGACUUUUGUUAAAGAAGAUAUUAGGAAAUUUAAAGAUGCAAAGAAACAGUUUGAAAAAGUGAGUGAAGAAAAAGAGAAUGCUCUGGUGAAAAAUGCCCAAGUUCAAAGAAAUAAGCAGCACGAAGUAGAGGAAGCAACCAAUAUUUUGACUGCAACUCGGAAGUGUUUCCGACACAUAGCUCUGGAUUAUGUUCUUCAGAUCAAUGUUCUUCAAUCUAAAAGGAGAGCAGAAAUCUUAAAAUCGAUGCUAUCAUUUAUGUAUGCACAUCUGGCUUUUUUCCAUCAAGGCUAUGAUCUGUUUAGUGAACUUGAGCCCUAUAUGAAAGAUCUUGGUGCACAGCUGGAUCAGUUGGCUGUAGAUGCUGCAAAGGAGAAGAGAGAUAUGGAGCAAAAGCACUCCACUAUUCAACAAAAGGCUGCCUUACAGGAUUAUUCCAGUGAUGAUACAAAACUAGAAUACAAUGUAGAUGCAGCCAAUGGUAUUGUUAUGGAAGGUUAUCUGUUUAAGCGAGCCAGCAAUGCCUUCAAGACUUGGAACAGGCGCUGGUUCUCAAUACAAAAUAACCAACUUGUGUACCAGAAGAAAUUUAAGGAUAAUCCCACAGUAGUUGUUGAAGACUUGCGGCUCUGCACAGUUAAACACUGUGAAGACAUAGAAAGACGUUUCUGUUUUGAGGUGGUUUCUCCAACAAAGAGCUGCAUGCUUCAGGCGGACUCGGAAAAGCUGCGGCAGGCCUGGAUUAAGGCUGUUCAGACCAGUAUUGCCACAGCAUACAGAGAGAAAGGAGAUGAAUCUGAGAAACAGGAAAAGAAAUCAUCCCCUUCCACUGGAAGCCUAGAAUCUGGGAGUGAGUCAAAAGAGAAGUUGUUAAAGGGAGAGAGUGCUCUGCAGCGAGUUCAGUGUAUUCCUGGUAAUGCUGCCUGCUGUGACUGUGGUUUGGCAGAUCCUCGCUGGGCCAGUAUCAACCUCGGAAUCACACUGUGCAUCGAGUGCUCUGGGAUACACAGGAGCUUGGGAGUCCAUUUUUCAAAAGUAAGAUCUUUAACGUUGGAUUCAUGGGAACCUGAACUCCUAAAGCUUAUGUGUGAAUUGGGAAAUGAUGUUAUAAAUAGAAUAUAUGAAGCGAAGUUGGAAAAAGUGGGAAUAAAGAAGCCUCAAUCUGGAAGCCAAAGGCAGGAGAAGGAGGCAUACAUCAGAGCAAAAUAUGUGGAGAGAAAGUUUGUAGAGAAGCAAACUGCGUCAGUACCUCUGCUUGAAUCUGGAACAAAAGUUUUGCCUCCAAGUCAGGAAGAGAAAAGGCACAGUGGCCCUGAAAAAUCCCUUUUGGCAGGGGAACAAGGUGCAGCAUCCCAAAAAGCGGUUGCUGUAAGUAGCGACGAGGCGAGACGGGAGUCUCUGUUCUGUCCUGAUGAACUAGAUUCACUCUUCUCCUACUUUGAUACCUCUUCAAAACUACGUAGUAUCCGAAGCAGUGACAGUGGGAUCCAGCCAAGCACUGAGGACAGCAGAGAACACCUUUCCUCUACUGUAUCAGCUAACAGUUUGUAUGAACCAGAAGGAGACAAGCAAGAGUCUUCUGUGUUCUGUGACUCCAAGCAGCCUAGUCCAGGAUUGCAGUUGUACCGAGCUGCCUUUGAGAAGAAUCUUCCUCAUAUGGCAGAAGCAUUGGCCCAUGGAGCUGAAGUAAACUGGGUCAACGUAGAAGAAAACAAAGCAACUCCACUCAUUCAGGCAGUGCGAGGGGGUUCAUUGGUUACUUGUGAAUUUUUGCUGCAGAAUGGGGCCAAUGUGAACAUCAGGGACAUGAAGGGAAGAGGGCCCCUGCACCAUGCCACAGUUCUAGGACACACUGGACAAGUGUGUUUAUUCCUAAAACGAGGAGCAAACCAGCAUGCCACUGAUGAAGAUGGGAAAGACCCACUGAGUAUAGCAGUAGAAGCUGCAAAUGCGGAUAUUGUAACAUUGUUGCGUUUAGCAAGGAUGAAUGAAGAAAUGCGGGAAUCAGAAGGACUCUAUGGGCAGCCAGAGCUCCAGUGUUCCAAAAUUAUGAUUCUAGAAGAAAAUAAGGAUUUUCAAGACAAUUGUAUUUUUGCUGGGAGCUAUGUGAGGGAGAUGAACUUUAUCAGGACAUUUUUCGUGACUUUUCUCAAAUGGCAACAAAUAAUCCAGAGAAGUUAAACCGCUUCCAGCAGUCAGAUUCCCAGAAGUCUUAAGUGUCAAGAAGGAAAAGAACCUGAUGCUUAUAGUACAAGUCUUUUUUUACUUUGACAGAAUGAAUUAUAUGCAUUUUGUUAGAUAGAUCGGAUAAAAUGACCACUCCAAUGUAGCUUUAGAUUGUGGUAGCUGGGGAAAUGUAUGAGUUGUUUUAUGUUCUACAGUACGUAUACCUCAGCAGCUGAAAUAAUGUUUAAAACCCUGAAUACCUGCUAGCUCAGUAUAAAAACAGCACCAGUUGUGAGUCCGAGGUUUGUCUGCAGCUCGUACGCCGAGCACAGCUGGGUGUGUGUCACGGACUCCCAGUGGCAGGAUGGUCAGAGCAGCUCUGCUAUCCAGGAUCAUCCACUGUCAUCUGUCUCCCUGCUGCUGUAAAGAAUGUGCCUCUGACAAGAAGGUCUGGGUUGCAUUUUCUGGGACUGUUUGGAAUGGAAAUACUGAGUUGUCCUUCUGUUUGUGGAGCUGUAACUUAACAGAUCCUCUUGUGCCUGUGCUGACUCUGGUUAGAGGUAGGCUGUUAGUAACAGAUACGGUAACUCCUGCUCUUGCAAGCUCUUUCACAGUGGAAGCUCUAACACCAGGCUGGCCUUUAUGCUGGUGACUGCAGGUCAGUCACAAAGGGAUAUAUCCUGGGGGACCAAACUCUUAAGAGCACUCUAUUUUCUUUUUUUUUUUCCCCUCUUAGAUUAAACUUUAAAUGCAGCAACUAUCCUUCUAAAUGAGCAUGUGGAACCUUUCAUAAAAAAUAAACUGAAUCCUUCUGGACAUGAUGUGGGGGUUUUUUGUAGUAUUUUGACAUCAAAACUUGAAAUUUGAAAAGUGAAAAUAAAUACUGAGCCAAUGGAGCUUGUGUAGAACAGUCAUGCACAGGCUGUUUUUUACUUUUUCUUUUUCUUGUUCUCACUGCUAGCCCUAAGCUGAAUAUAUGAAGUCUCAUAUGUCAUGCAGCCACCCUAAAUUUAGGACAAUCAAUCCUUUAUAUCAGGCAGCAGUAUCCCAUAUAUGAUCUGUUAUGAUGUGUAUGUGUUGUCUAAACUAAGGUGAGCAUGAGAAAACCUAGGAAUUUCAUCCACAUUUUUGGCAAGUAUUGGGUGAGCACAGUUCCAGCUAUGUUCUGAGGGCAGCAGCACAAUUUGCUUUAUUCAGUAGUGAGCCCCACUCUGAUGGUGUGCAUGUAUAAAUGGUGUCUCUAGAUAUAUGCUUAUAUAUCAGGUUAUUUAAUACCUAGAUAGGAAUCACCUGAAGCCUCAAACCAGCAGAUGCAAUUCUUUAUGCUCUAUUUGUCUGCCCUAUCGACAACUUUAGCAGAAAUUUUAGGUAACAUAGUAUCAAUGUCAGUUUUUAAUAAUCCUAGUAGCUGUGGCAUUAUGCUAACCUGCUGUUUAAAUGUAUUUAGGAAAUGAAUUGGCUUUUCUCCAAGCAAAGAUAAGCAAAAUUGGAUUAAAAAAAAUUAAAUCUGUAAACUAUGGUAAAUUUAAACUUUCUGACACAUUAAAUUUUAACAAAGUAUUUCAAACAUUUAUAAUUUUGCAUCAAAUAUAUAAUAAUGUAUCAAAUCUGGAUAUUAUUAUUGCCACAAAAUUAGUAGUGUUGUAGAAUUGUCCACUAGAUUCUUUUUCCAAGCAGAAGAAUCUUAGUUCUUACAGUUCUUGCUUUGUGUGUGGUCUAAUUAUGCUAGGAAAAGCAGACUGUGCCCAUUUAAAGAGUGCAUUUAGUCUGAAUAAUAAGAAAGUUAAAGAUAUCAUCUGUAAGCAGUAAUUUUUAGUAAGUUGUUUUUAAAUAGCUGUCUAUGAAUGAUAAUAUACUUCCUAAUCAUCAGUAUUUAACAGCAGUGGGUGUUUUAGUAGAUCUUAGAGAAGGUAAGAUUCCCAAUGUACAGAUGGGACAAUGUAAGAUAUGACUGUAUAAUAUACACUUUAGACAUAGGUUUUUCUAAAUAUUUGUCUUUUGCAGCCAGGUGACAGGCAGUAUGUAGUGUGAUUGGCUGUAAUCUAAAGCUGCCUAAAGCUUGAUGGCAUAAUUGCUGUUCAGUCCAUGCUGCUGGAAAAAGGUCUGAGACACUUAUUUCAAAUCUCCAUUGGUGAUUUCCUUCCUAGCCACAAAAAUCUCUCUAAAAAAUUUUGCAGGAUGACUUCUCUAGACAAAAACCUUGCUUCCCUGUAGCUCUGCAGAUCCAUACGCUGCAUUCCUGACUCCCAUCUGUCUGGGAAACAGUAUCAGUGUGUUUGUGCUAAGAGACUAAUCACAUAACUGACUGACAGGCUGUGUGACUCUUGUCAGCAGUGCUGGAGUGUCAGUGGCUCAGGGAGUAGCUAUGGCACUGCUCAUCCUGCAGCCUCGUUCCCCAUCCUUUCAGGUACGCCAGGAUGUCCACUAUAAACUGCAGUCAGUUAGAGCUUUUUGCAGGUCAGGUGCAAUACAUGUGGUAACAUGUUGCUCAUCAGCAAAAAUGAAUAUAUACCAUUAAAUUACAUGGAAUGUAUUGAUGGUGCAGUCCCACCAGGCUCUGGCAGGCUCAGUGCUCCGUGGCCUCAGUGGCUCACAGCAUUCAGCCCUCAGUAAUAAUGUAUGAUUGUCACCAGGGCUCUGAAGGUCCGGAUUCCAUAUCAAGUUUUGAUUUAAGUGCUAAUCUUCUGCUCAGUAAUAUUAUGAAAUUUUUAUCACAAAAUGAAUCUGAGUACAAGCAGAAUAGUAAACAGUAAAGUUCCAUUGUGGGUUAACAUCCUGUAGUCUGUACCAGGCAAUGGAAAGCUUCAAUUCCAGUUCAUGUUUCCACGUAGGUAUGAAAUACAGUAGUCUUUAAUCGGUGAGGGACAAAGCAGUAGAUUCCUAAUGCAUUUAAAAGGCAGCUUUCACAUGGAUUUUUAGUAAUUUACUAGACGGCCCAUUGAAAGAUAGUGUAAUAGUUUUCCUAUUUAUAGACACACGUUCCAAGAGUCUCUUGGAAAGACAAAUGUUGAGGAGCUCAACAUAUAUUCUAAUGCAGCUUGAUUUCAGAGGUGUAACUUACAUCCAUUGCAUGUUGGUUUAAAUAGUGUCUGUGGUGUGUCCUUAGUGUCUCAAUUGUUUUGACUGUUCAUAAGGUUUCAUGUUUUAUGUUAAUGUCAGUUCAGUGCAUAAAAAUUUAUAAUUCAGUAUGAUAAUUCAGAAAUUUGUCACUGAGUUAGCUGGAAUUUGUUCCCAUGAAUUUGGGUGAAGGUAGAGGUGUUUCUUUGCCUUCACAAGCAGCCCAUGUUGCAGUCUGAUGAACACAUGUUCCAGGUGCUCAUUAACACCUAGCUGGCUUCAGACUCCUUGCCAAUUAGGACCUAAUCCAGGAAAUCACUGGAAUUAGUGGCGGUCUUUCCACUGAUUUCGAGGGACUCUGGAUUGUACCAUUUGUGACUUCUAAUUGUUAGUGUUUUAAAGGAUGCUGUAUUAAUACUGCAUUUUUCACUCCAUGGGGUUUUAUAUUUCACCUGUUUGUAUACUGAGCUGAAAUAGUUUUAGAAAAUGCAACCAGACCUUCCAACUGCUGUCAGCAAAUCCCCGUAUGAGAGGAAGUUUCUCCUGUUUUUGCAGUAUGACAUCAGUACAUAUGUGUUGUCCAGAUUCUUAAUUCUCCUGGAUAGAGCAAAAGCUUUGUAGCACUAAAGAAAAAAAGGUGAGAACUAGAAUAAGCAGAGCAUUGAUGUGAUGUUUCCAGGACUUCAGUGCUUCUCUGUAGCCGUCUAUUUUAAAGUGUGGAUGUUACCUCUGCUUCUUCAUCAUGAGAAUCUCAAAGGACAUAGUGACUAUGAAAGGACCCUUUGAUAGAACUGCAAAUCAUGUGUAAGUACCAAGGACGUGAUAUUUUUACAGUGUCAAAAGGACUGAGCUGAUCAUUCUGA